CCCUCGCUGCGACGAAAGCAGAAAGCAGCUCGACUCCCGGUUUACGCGAGGAGAAAACCCGUCUUAGGAAGCAGGCUGCACAUGGCAAUGGCAGGACAAGUGUCUCCCACCGAUGUGGAUGAUGGGUCUCCCACCGGGGUUCCCAAGAUUGACUGUGCCAGCAAAUCAAGCAAUGGUGACGACCAGACGACAGCACAAAAAGUCCGCGUGAAGAUUGCUAGUGAGCAUACAGGAGAAAAGCGCUACAAGUGUGACCGCUGUGACUAUUCUGCAGCAUGGAAAUCCAACUUAAACCGUCAUCUAGCAACUCACACCGGAGACAAACCCUACAUGUGUGGGGAGUGUGGGUAUAGGACAACUCAAAAGUCUGAAUUAUCUAGACAUAUGAGAACCCAUACAGGGGAAAAACCCUACAUGUGUGACCAGUGUGACUAUUUUGCAGCAGAUAAAUCCAAUUUGGACAAACAUUUAGCGAAGCAUACCGGGGACAAGCCCUACAUGUGUAGGGAGUGUGGGUACAGGGCAGCUCAUAAGGCUGCAUUGGCGAAACAUAUGAGAACCCAUACUGGUGAAAACCCCUACAAGUGUGACGAGUGUGACUAUUCGGCAGCAAUGAAAUCCAGUUUGGACAAUCAUGUAGCAUCAAAACACACCGGAGACAAACCCUACAUGUGUGGGGAGUGCGGGUACAGAACAGCUAAAAAAUCUCACUUAUCCCAACACAUGAGAAUCCAUACUGGAGAAAAACCAUACAAGUGUGACAAGUGCGACUAUUCAGCUGCACAGAAAGGCAGUCUGGACAGCCAUAUAGCAUUAAAACACACUGGCGAGAAACCCAACAUGUGUGGGGAGUGUGGGUACAGCACAACUUACAAGUCUGACUUAUCCCAACAUAUGAGAACUCAUACUGGAGAAAACCCCUACAAGUGUGAUCAAUGCGAGUAUUCUGCAGCAAAGAAAUCCACUUUGGUUACUCAUCAAGCAACACACACCGGGGACAAACCCUACAUGUGUGAUGAGUGUGAGUACAGGGCGGCUCAAAAGUCUGACUUCGUCAAACAUAUGAGAACUCACACAGGAGAAAAACCCUACAAGUGUGACCAGUGUGACUAUUGUACAGGAGUGAAAGGCAAUUUGGUCAGACAUGUUAGAACAAAACACGCCGGUGAUAAACUCUACCUGUUUGGUGAUUGUGGGUACAGGGCGACUCAAAAGUCUACUUUAAUCCACACUGGAGAAAAACCCUACAAAUGUGACCAGUACGACUAUUCUGCUGCACAGAAACCCCACCUCGACCACCAGUUGGCAUUGAAACACACUGGUGAGAAACCCUACAUGUGUGGGGAGUGUGGGUACAGGACAAUUCAAAAUUCUCUGUUAUCCAGACAUAUAAGAAUCCACACAGGAGAAAAACCCUACAAGUGUGACCAUUGUGACUAUUCUGCAGCACAGAAAAGCAGUUUGGACAACCAUAUAGUAGCAAAACACAGUGGUGAGAAACCAUACAUGUGUGGAGAGUGUGGAUACAGGGCGGCUAGAAAGCACCACUUAACCCAACAUAUGAGAACCCACACAGGAGAAAAACCCUACAACUGUGACAAGUGCGACUAUUCUACAUCACAAAAGAUCAAUUUGGUUACCCAUCAAGCAACACAUAACGGGGACAAACCCUACAUGUGUGGGGAGUGUGGGUACAGAGCAGCUCAAAGGUCUAACUUAUCCCGACACAUGAGAACCCAUACAGGAGAAAAACGCUACAAGUGUGACCAGUGCGACUAUUCUGCAGCACAGAAAUCGACUUUGGUCCAGCAUAGCACACAACACACGGGUGAGAAACCCUACAUGUGUGGGGAGUGUGGGUUCAGAACAGGUACAAAAUCAAAGCUGUCAAUACAUAUGCGAAUCCAUACUGGAGAGAAACCCUACAAGUGUGACCAGUGCGACUAUUCUGCAGCACAGAAAUCGACUUUGGUCCAGCAUCGCACACAACACACAGGUGAGAAACCCUACAUGUGUGGGGAGUGUGGGUUCAGAACAGCUACAAAAUCAAAGCUGUCAAUACAUAUGCGAAUCCAUACUGGAGAAAAACCCUACAAGUGUGACCAAUGUGACUAUUCUGCAGCAGAGAAAUCAAGUUUGAACAAACAUUUAGCAAAUCACACCGGCGAGAAACCCUACAUGUGUGGGGAGUGCGGUUUUAGGACCACUCGGAAGUUUGUAUUGUCGGCACAUAUGAGAACCCACACAGGAGAAAAACCCUACAGGUGUGAUCAGUGUGACUAUUCUACAGGAGACAAAGGCAAUUUGGUUAGACAUGUUAGAACAAAACACAAUGGUGAGAAACCCUACAUGUGCGGGGAGUGUGGCUACAGGACAACUCGGAAGUCAACCUUGUCCAAACACAUGAGAACCCAUACAAGAGAAUGACCGAACAAGGGUAAUUCGCUUGACAGUUACUAAAUCGUCUGUUGAUAAAGUUUUUUCCAGUAGUUCACUAAUAUGCGAUAUGUGACUGAAUUUUGAUCUGAAACAUCCGUGGAAACAGAUGACGAACCGGCUUUGCGGAGAGCCUGGAUACAAGUGACCCUUCUGGAAACUGAGGGUGCUGCCGCCCUGGAUAUUGUGAGACUCUCGCUAAGAGAAGUCACGUGGACUUGAAAUGUGAUCCUGUAUAUGGAACUCGGCUUGAUUAUUCUAGACUUCUCAUGUUUAUGAAUUGAAAGUCCACUGUUAAACAGAGAAUUAUAGAAUGACUUGAUAGUUUCUCAUAGGAUAAGAUGAUAGAUGCUUUUUUUCAAAUAGGGAACUAUUUGUCCAAAGCAGGUUAAUGCAUCAAAUUAGUUUUUGUUACUUUGUUACAUAUCUAACAUUUGUACUGACGUAAUUGUACAUAUGUAGUUUUGUAGAAUCGUUUUUGAAACUUAUUUCUUGUUUUCUGAUAGUUCCUGACCCUGUUGUUAGAGGAGGAGACUUUACACUUGAAUUCGUAUUACUUAAUUCGUACCCUCUAAUCUAUGUAUUACUAUGGUAAGUUUAAAAUGUGCGUAUUUUAUUCGAAACAAUAUAAUAUACUCCAUGAAGCUGUGUGAGAAUUGAGAAGUAACACAACAUCUGGCACCACCACCCGUGGAAUGCCCACCCCACUGUCUGUGGUGUUAACGUAACAAAAUACACGAUUUAGCU